AAGGGAAGGUAACCUGAAAUUAAUGCUUAAAAUUUUGAAAAGAAAAAGAAAAUGUUAGAUUGGUAGCACACACUCUAAAUAUGGAUGUCGUAACGUUCGGAAUCAUAGUGGGCAUUAUAAUCCUUUUCUUAGUCAUUGUUUGCUUCAUCACAAUCGAAGGCACUUGCAAGUCUCGCUCCUAAUUCAACUCUAUACUUACUUUCUCUUCUUCAAUUCUUUCCGAUUCCAUGGCAUUGGGUAAGAAGAGUGUGGAUUAUUUGGCAUUCCUUUUCCUCUGUUUGGCUCUUCUAUCGUGUUUGGAUCUGGGAAUAGCGCAUCAGUCUCAUUCCCAUUCCCAUUCUGGUUUCUGUGGAUCCGAUGCCCAUCAUCACUGUGAAGAGCACCAUCACCAUGACCAUGACCAUGACCAUCACCAUGCGCAUGACCUUAAGGACAAGAUUGAUGGCAGGUCCAAGCUUCCCGAAGAGUUAGCAGAGGAGGAGGAUAUGAAGCUAUACGGCUUCGGCUUUCCGCAUGAACAUGACCAUCACGAUACUUCAGAACUAUCGGGUUUGGGCCUAUGGUUGAAUGCAUUGGGCUGUUCAUUUCUGGUGAGCAUGGCUUCUCUUACAUGCCUCAUUGUCCUUCCUGUAAUUUUUGUACAAGGGAAACCAUCAAAGGCUGUUGUUGAUUCAUUGGCUUUAUUUGGGGCAGGAGCUAUGUUGGGGGAUGCAUUUCUUCACCAAUUACCACAUGCUUUUGGUGGAGAACACUCUCAUUCCCAUGAUAACCAUGAAGAUCAUCACCAUGAUGUUAGUCUUGGACAUGGUCAUUCACAUUCUUUGGCCGAUCUCUCGAUAGGAUUAUCUAUCCUUGCUGGAAUUGUACUCUUUCUUCUUGUGGAGAAGGUAGUGAGGUAUGUUGAAGAAAACUCGGGAGAAGCUAAUUCAUGGUCACAUGGACACCAUCACCAUAACCACAAUAGCAAGAAAAAAUUGAAAGACGAUAACUUUUCUAAUGAUGCAAAGGAAGACAGAUUGCUAGACGAGAGAAAAGAUGAUCCAGUGUCAUCUGACGCUUUAAAGGGAGAUAAUCCUUCUGAAUCUGAAACCUUGCUCAGAAAGAGAAUCGGAAGCAAGGUGACCAAAAGUAGUGUUGAUAGCUCCUCAGAUGAUAUAAAAUCUUCAAAUGUUAAAGAACCAGUUAGAUUACCAACAAACCUUGUGUUUGGUUAUCUCAAUCUUUUCUCAGAUGGAGUGCAUAAUUUCACAGAUGGAAUGGCUUUAGGAAGUGCAUUCUUGCUUUAUGGAUCUGUUGGUGGCUGGUCUAGAACCCUGUUUUUGCUGGCACAUGAGCUUCCUCAAGAGGUUCAAAAUCAUCUUUGUUCUGUCACAUGUUCACUAUUAUGCUAUCUGCAGAAUAUUUUCAUCUCAUUUUUUAGGCAUAACUUCAAAUUGUAAUGUGCAGUUUCCUGA